ACAAAUAUGCUAUUUUGGAAGUAUUUUGGGUACAAAAAAUACAUAGGGAAAAAUUGGGUAUCAACACUAGGCCAAACUCAAAUCUAUGAUAUCAUUCUCUACAUUUUGUAUUUCAAAACCUUACAUUUUCCUACUACUAGGCUACUAGCUGAAUUCGCAAUUGUAUUAUUUCAAAACCAACAGAACAAAUUUUUAUAUUUUAUAUGUUCUGUAUGGCUAGUGUAUUAUUAUUAUUAUUAUUAUUCUAUUCUUCUUGUCAUUAUUUGAUCAGGAAGCAUGACAAGGGGAAGAGGCACUAAGCGUAGUUGGGGAGCUCGUGGGAGCAUGUCUAACAAAGGGAGAGAAGGCUACCAACAACUACCGAAUACUUCUCAUGCCAAUAUUAGUGAACCAUCAACCCCUACAUCUCAACAGGUUGGUUUAAACCAACAUAUUAUCUCGUCUCCAAGAUGUCAAUGCUCAACAAACAACUUCUGCUUCUCAAAAUGAUGGUGGUCAACAAGCAACUCCCGCUUCUCUGAAUGUUGGUCAUCAACAAGCACCUCGUUCUUAUCAGGAUGUUGGUUCUCAACAAGAAACUCCUUCUCAAGAUGUUUCUGCUGAACAAACACUUGCAUCUUAUGGAAGUAGUAAUCCACUGGCAAGACGAGAUACUACUCGUGGCAUAAGAUCUUUGAAAGUAAACGGAGACACAUUUUGCCCACAUGAAGCUAUUCGGAAUGUAACAAUAGCCUUUAAAAAAAGCUUCUCUGGAUCAUGGCAUUUUUGGAGCAAAGUUUCGGAGCAUGUACGAGAUAGAUGGUUCAAUGACUUCGAGAAAAAUUAUUCUUUUCCUAGUGAGGACAAAUUUAUUAUUCGAAGGACUUUUGAGCAUGUGGGGAGCGAAAGGUUAAGUGAUAGUUUGGGAAAAGCAGAAAAGAAAAUUUUCAAAAACAAAAGAAAUGCCGGGAUGGAUUGCUAAAGAUCACUGGGAUGUUUUGAUGCAAUAUUGGAACUCUGAGAAUUUUAAAAGAAAUCAGAAAUCAACUCGAAGAACAGAAUGUCAUCUAAUAAUGGAGAAGGUCCUUCCUUACAUACCGGAGGAUCGGUUGCAUUUGCUGAGUACAGAAGAAGACAUAAGGAGCUAACGGGGAAAGAUCUCCGUAAUGAUGAAUUAUUUCUAAAGACUCACAGAACCAAAAAUGAAAAGAAGUGGAUAUAUGGAAAGUCAGAAAGGAUGUGGAAUACAUUUACAGAUAUUAUUAAGGAGAAGGUAGGUGAGACUUCAACUUCAAGGGAUGAAGAAGGUUUUGAAGUAGGUGAUGAAGAGAUGGAAAGAAACAUGGCAACAAAUGGAGAUGAGGAAGGAGAAAAAACUAGCGAAGAAACUAUUGUGGAUUUGUUGAAAACUAUACCAGAUGAGCAACUAUUGAAAACUUGGAUUGAAACAGUUGGAGGCGCAAAAAAAGGAAGAAUAUAUGGUCUUGGUCCCAAAAAUUGUCUUCUGGCAGAUUCAUUGGACACUAAUUGUGCAUCCUCUAGUGCUUCUAAUCCUCCAAAUGUUCCUACUCAACAAGUUUUUGAAACACCCGAAUUUCAGCAACUUCAUGAUCGUGCAAUGGAGCAACGGAUGGAGAACAUGUUGGCACGAGUGCAAGCAAAUAUUCGGGAGGAUAUGCAAGAAGUAAAAGUUGUGGCUCGUGCUGUAGUGCGUGAGAUGCUUGGUUUACCUUCUCAACCACCACCAAGCGGCUCUGGUUGUCCCCCAUCUUAGAAUAGUAGACUUUAUGUUAUUAAUUAUUUAAGUUAAGACAUGUUUUAUUUACCAAUAGACAUAUAUAUACUUCGUUGUUCUAGGAUUAAUAGUACUAUGAUUAUGCUUACAUUCAAAUUAAUGAAUUUAAUUACUUAUUC